AUGGAUUGCUGGGAAGUCACCGGUACUUGUGAUGCGAGUCCAACUCCAAGACCUCGGAAGAAAGCUGAAGAACGUCCAAGACGUCGGAAGAAAGCUGAAGAACGUCCAACUCCAAGACCUCAGAAGAAAGCCCGUUUAGAGGCAACUGCAGAGGCUAGUGAAGAGGCUCUUGAACGUGAAGAGGCUCGUGAACAGGGUCGUGAAGAGGCUCGUGAACGUGAAGAGGGUCGUUCCGAUGUUCGUACAGAGGUGAUUGGGAUGACCAAAGAGGAAUUGGACAGAAACUUCAAGGACCUAGCUGAUGCCUUGAGGCAAGGGUUUGGGACGUGCCUUGCGGAGAUCAAGCAUCUGUCGGAUAGGAUUGGUGUUGUGGAAAAGAAGCUUGGUAUCACACCUGCUCCGCCUAAACAGACGCAAGAACCAGAGAGUGAAAGAGAAAGUGUUAAUGGGGCGAAAGAGAAAUCCGGAAAGAAGAGAAAGGAGAGAAAUGAGGAUCCAAAGGAGGAUCCUAAGAAGAGAAUGGAGAGGAAGGAGGAUCCAAAGGAGGAUCCUAAGAAGAGAAUGGAGAGGAAGGAGGAUCCAAAAGAGGAUCCUAAGAAGAGAAAGGAGGAUCAAAAGGAGGAUCCUAAGGAGGAUCAAAAGGAGGAUCCUAAGGAGGAUGCUAGUGAGGUUGCUAAGGACGAUCCUAAGGAGGAUGCCAGUGAGGUUGGUAAUGAGGGUGCUAGUUCCUCGAAAGUGCCGAGUCUAGUGGUUGCCAAAGAAGUCGAAGAACCGAGCGUUCUUCUAUUGGAGAAAGAAAAUUCUACUCUUUCAGAUAAAGUAAAGGAGAGAGCUAGAUAUGAGUCAAAGAGGGAUGCUGCUCAUUUGGAACUUCAGCGGAAUGCUGCUUUGGCAGUUCAGCGUGGAAGGAGUGAGCGAACAAGGAAACUUGCUCCCACACAGUCGUCUCCUUAUAAGAGGAACAGCACGGCCAAAACGAUCAUUCCAAACUCAAACAAGUCUGCCUUUACACUUUUUCACCCACUCGACAAGGCGGCACAGAAGUUGCUCAUUGAUCACUGCAAAACUUGUCCUGAAGUUAAGAAGCCUAUGGAGAAACGCCCGCCGAGAAGUCUUUCUCGGUGGUAUAAAACACUCCGGACUUCCAAAGACUGGCUGGACGACUCACAUAUGGAUGCUUGGAUUAAUGUGCUGAGGAAGAGGUACCAUGCUAAUCCGGAAAUGUUCAGGAGCGAGAGAAUUUGCUUCCUUGAUCAUCUCUUUUCUCGACAUUGGAGUAAAAACUACGGCGAUUUUAAGGCUGAUGAACCCGACUUCAGAGGUCUAGGAAGAAGACUCCCUGGUGGUGCCUGGAAUUAUUAUAGUGGAAAAACACCAUCAUUUUGCAGAUCUAUGAAGGUUUGGGGGAAGGAUAUUGAUGAUAUCUAUGCGCCAGUGAAUUACAAGGACUUUUAUUGGAUUUCUAUCUGGAUAUCGAUUCCUGAGAGGCGCAUAGUGGUUUUUGACAGCGAUCAUUCCUGUAUAGCCCCAGCAGACCUCGAUGUGAUCAUGGAGCCUUUUUGCCACAUGGUCCCCUACUUGCUAUAUGAGUGCUCCUCCAUCGAAGAACGUGAAACAAUGCUCCUGGAGCCAUACACAUAUGAAAGACCGGUCUUACCAAAGUCAAAAUCUGAUGAUUGUGGCGUGUAUGCUCUAAAGUUCAUUGAGGUUCAUUCUUUGGGGUUGCCAUUUUCUCCAAAAGACUUUGCCCAAAGCAACAGUAAGAAUAUGAGGGAGACGAUGGCGGUGGAUGUAUUUAGAGAGAUUCCAAACGCGCAUUACUUUGACAACACGGACAAUGAUGAUUACCUGGAGACGUAUGCACCUCAAGUUUGA